AUGUCUAUUAGGAGUGGGAGGCAAACUAAUGCUUGGAGUGACAAUUGGUGGCCUUGUAGUCCUCUUCGGUCGUUUAUCUCUCCAAGAGCUAUCGCUAAUGCUGGUUUCUCUCUAAGUUCUAUGGUUGCUGAUCUUGUGGCGGCUGAUAAUGGUCAAUGGUUAUGGCCCGAGGCAUGGUAUGACGCUUAUCCGGUUCUUAUAAAUAUUGAUAUUCAUCAAAUUAUAGCUGGUGUGAAUGAUCGGCUAUGGUGGAAAGAUCUGGAUGGUAAUCUUCAGCAUUUUGAAUCGGGGGAGGUUUGGAAUAGCUUGCGGAAUAGAGAGGAUAAGGUUUUAUGGGUUAACUCGGUAUGGUUCUCUCAAUGUAUUCCUCGACAUUCAUUCCACUUGUGGUUAGUUAUCAAGAAUAAACUUAAGACUCAAGACAGGUUGACCGUUUGGGAAGCUGGCAGUGCUACUAAUUUACAGCUUAUGUGCUGUCCAUUAUGUAAAUAUGAUCGUGACACUAGAGAUCAUCUCUUCUUCCAAUGUCAUUUUUCAUCCGAGGUUUGGGGAUUGGUUAGGAAAUACGUGGACAUGGGGGGUGUUUUGAACACUUUGUCAUCGAUUAUUCAAUGGAUGGAGCUCGUUGCUAAUUCAAGAACUCUAGAGCAUAUUAUUUGCAAGAUCCUGGUUGCGGCUACCACAUAUUUUAUUCGGCAAGAAAGAAACAAUCGUCUAUUUUCUACUCUUGCUCGAAAUGCUGAUGCUCUCUCUAAGAUCAUUAUUGAUACGGUUCGGCUUAGAAUUAUGGGCUUCAAGGUGAGUGGGGAACCAAAAUAUGACAAGAUAUUGGAAAGGUGGCUGAUCUCGAAGAAUAUGGCUUUGGAGCCGAGCUAA